AUGAACUUAAUUAUAACCAUUAUACUUAUCACUACAGCACUAUCCACAAUUUUAGCCCUAGUGUCCUUCUGACUCCCCCAAAUAAAUCCAGACGCAGAAAAACUCUCCCCCUACGAAUGUGGGUUUGACCCUCUUGGAUCAGCACGUCUCCCGUUCUCCCUUCGAUUUUUCCUAAUCGCCAUCCUCUUUCUACUAUUUGAUCUAGAAAUUGCGCUACUGCUCCCCCUCCCCUGAGGCAAUCAGCUACCAGACCCAACCUAUACCCUCCUAUACGCCGCAGCCGUACUGAUCCUGCUCACACUAGGCUUAAUUUACGAGUGGAUACAAGGAGGCCUAGAAUGAGCUGAAU